AAUGUCUGUUGAAGAAGGAAUGGAUAAGUCGAAACUUACCUCCCCAUCUUCAUCUCCGAUAAAAGAAGAUAUGGCUGCAAAUCUAUCAUCGUCAAGUACACUAUUUUCUCAGAGUAUAGCCACAUUAGAUCCGGCUACCGCACCCGAAUUGAUGAACCUACAAAGGACAACUCAAUCUGAAUCCUCCUUAGCUAUGACCUCUGCACACAACUUUUCGGAAUUUCCUCACAAUGGAAUUUUUCCUUCGCCAAGAAUUGAUUCCUAUCUCUCACCCGACUAUUCCGCGAGUUAUUAUCCUGCCGAUGUAUUCUCUCCGCCAUUAGCGAAAAAGGAUUGGGAUGUUGCUCACUAUUCGAGUUUUAAUACAUACUCUACAAACGGAAGUAGACCUUCCUAUCCAAACGAUUACGCUACGUCUAGAUCGUCGUAUUACACAGGUUGCGCCUAUGUCGGACAAACGCCCUCGUAUGAGGCGUCUUUUAACGGAACUGAAUGCAGUAGCCGUAAAGUAUUGAAUACAUUUUCAACUGAUAAGAAAUCGCCUAGAGGCGAAGAGGAAGAGAGUCCCGAUGAGAAUGGAGAGAGACCAACGAGAAGAGCUCGUAGAAAUAGAACUUCAUUCACAAAGCAGCAAUUGGAAAGUCUAGAAACUAUGUUCGGUGAACAAAAGUAUCCCGAUUUCUAUCAACGUGAGGAGAUAGCUACCCAAUUAGGUCUUAAGGAGGAAGUCGUUCGAGUUUGGUUUAAGAAUAGGAGAGCUAAACUGAAAAAGGACGCAAAAGGUGGUAAGAAUCAAACAGAUAGUUCUUCGAGAUCCAAUAGUCCAAUUGCAACAUCCCAAGGAUAUGGUUCAUACUAUCACCAUCCAAUGCAUGGUCUAACAACGCCAUCUAUGGGCUCAUACCAACAUCAAAUACCAGCCCAUCAUUACGCGUCAGUUAAAUUAGAGCCUUAUACACCUCUAAACUCUUCAAUCCACGAGGAGGUUGACCCUUCCCCUUUUAAUCAUGCUAUGAAACCAAUUGAUAUUAAGCCUACUACGCUUAAUGAUAACUGA